AUACUUCUUUAGACAUUGUUGUGAACUCUUGUGUGGAUUUUAGUGUAGAUAUUGGUGUGAACGUUGAUGUGAUUUCUGAUAUGGAUAUUGGUGUAGUUGCUGAUAUGAACGUUGGUGUAGAAGAUGAAGUCUUGUACGAAGGUGAAAUAUCAUGUGAAAAUACCAAAGCUAUUACAAUAGAAAAGGGCCAAUCGUUUAAUGAUUUUGAUCAAGCAGUAGAGUAUAUACGAAAAUAUGCUAAAUAUAUGGGUUUUAAGAUAAUACUGAAAAGAAAUACCACUAUUCAAACUAAUGAAGACAAAAAGAAAUGCCAUAAUGCCGAUACACCUGCUCGUGGAUUUAUAACAAUACUUUUUACUCUUGGUAUUGAAUCUACAUCAUUUGUAGAAAGUCAAAACGCCUGUCUUAAACGUAUUAUUAAAAGCAGUAAUACAUCUCUUUAUGAGCUCAGGAAGGUUUUAAUAGAUAGUGGUGAGAGUAAUAUAAGACAAAAACAGUAUGAAGAUUUGGUUAGCAGUAUUCCUUCUAACAUUAAUACUAUAACAAUUUUUCCACAAAUUGAACUAUUUAUCAAUCAUAUACCAGUAAAUAAGCCAUCUAAGAGUGAUAAUUUUAAAGACGAGCCUGAUAGUGUAUUUUUGUGUGCACAAUUCCUCUUACAACAAUUAGAUUAUACCAAAAUUGAAGAG